ACCCAGUGAGCAGCCCAAGCAGCUGGAGGCGGGCGCUCCGGAGAAUCAGGGCCUGGAGUCCUGCUCUGCCUUUGCUGUCUGGGGAUGUGAGUGAGUGGGGGGACCCAUUGGAGGUUCCUGAUGAAGCCCCCAACUCGGGGCUUUGGAAAUGACAGCGGUGCUCAGGGCUCAGACGAAGCUCAUGUCCAGGCUGGAGCAGAGGGCUGUGCACCUGGAGGUGUAGUGACUCUCAGCAGCCCAACCCCUGCCUUUUAGAGAUGAAGAAACUGUGACCCAGAUUGGUAAAUGCCUCUGUGGCUUGCCCGGCUCAGAGCCAGCUCACAGCGAGGAGGGCAUCAGCCGCAGUCUCCUGUUCUGUGUCGUCUGAAUGAAAGCAUCCGCAUUCCGUGGCUACAAAGUGCAGGGCCACAGACCCGCAGCCCCUGGGGCCUCUGGACGUUGCUGGAAAUGAUGCUCACCUUGUACCUGUUGAUGAUGGGUGUCUCCGCCUUCACCAUUCAGCCUGAGGAACGCACGGUGGCUGCAGGGAGCUGCCAGGACCGCGGCAAGCAUUUUAAAACCAGUCUCAAGGUGGAAGGGGAGCCUGUGGUCCUGAGGUGCCCCCAGGCGCGGUACUGGCUGGGGGCCACUGCCAGCCCCCGCGGCACCGUGACCUGGCGCAAGAGCGGUUCUGCCAGGCCAGCCCCCGGGGAAGACGGGCGAGUGUGGGUCCAGGAUGGUGACCUCUGGAUCCUGCCCGCCCAGCGGGGCGACUCAGGAACCUACCUCUGCACUGUCAGAAAUGCCUCGUACUGUGACCAGAUGGCCCUGGACCUCAGGGUGCUAGAGAACACAGACGCUUCGCUGCCCGCCGUCUCCUACCCGCAGGUGCUCACCGUCGCGGCCUCGGGCUCCUUAGUCUGCCCUGAACUGAGUGAAUUCGCCAAGAACAAAACUGACCUGAAGAUUCAGUGGUACAAGGAUUCUGUCCUCUUGGAUCAAGACAGUGGGAAGUUUCUAAGUGUGAGAGGAACGACGCGCUUACUCAUCCGCGAUGUGUCUGUGGAGGACGCGGGCCGUUACAGCUGUGUCAUGGCCUUUGCCCACGGGGGCACACGGUACAACGUCACUAGGAAUAUCAAACUCCGUGUCCACAGGAAAGAAGUGGAGACGGUGCCCGUGAUGCUGUCCCCGCACCAGACCAUCUCGGCUUCCCUGGGCUCGAGGCUGACCGUCCCGUGCAAGGUGUUCCUGGGAGGCGGCGCGCACUCGACCACCCUGCUGUGGUGGAUGGCCAACGCCACCAGCAUCGACACCGCCUACCAGGCCGGCCGUGUGCGCGAGGGGCCGCGCCUGGAAUACUCAGAAAACGACGCAAACUACAUUGAAGUGCCCCUGAUUUUUGAUCCAGUUAUCAGAGAGGAUCUGACCACGGAUUUUAAAUGUGUUGUUCACAACACACUGAGUUUUCAGAUGCUGCAUACCACAGUCAAAGAAGCCACCACGUUCUCCUGGGGGAUUGCACUGGCCCCCCUUUCGCUGGUCUUCUUGGUUUUGGGGGGAAUAUGGAUGCGCAGACGGCACAGACACAGAACUGGAAAAGCAUAUGGCCUGACGACAUUGAAGACUGGUCAUCAAGAUGUUCAAUCCUAUUCAAGCAAAAUAAAGGAAGUAAAAUGACUCACAUACAAAUGAAAGUCUGACUGACGCAAGCGGCUCUGUCUGUGUGCAGGACCUUGCCCUUUUCUGUCUGUGUGCUCCCAGUGGCUGUAGAAAAGGACCGAGCGUUCAUGUAAAGUUUAUUACAUUAAACUGAAUGGCAGGAGCAGUGUGGGUCAGGUGAGUCCUCUGUCACCCGUGACCCAUUUAAAAGAGUGAGGUACCCUUAGACCUGAAAAGCAUUAAAAAUGUCAAAAUGA